GGAGAAGCUGACAGACCGACACAGACCCGCAGACAGGAGACUGAGGGACAGGAGCGACAGGGAGAAGGCAGAGGUGCCCAGGGGUCCAGAAGGCAGAAAUGUAAAGGCGUGGGCAGAGAACUGCAGAGGGAGGGACAGGGUAGUGGGUCCAAAGGACGACGACGAGAGAGACACCAGGAGAAGGAAGGGGUGACAGAGAAGGGAAGAAACAGAAGACCGAAAAGCACUCUGGAAACCGGGGACCGGCUGGCCGACCCUGGCUGCUCUGACGACUGUGGGACCACCCCGCCUCCUGCUGCCCCUGGGAGCCCUGUCAUUGCGGGCGUCGGAGAGUGCAGGGCAUGGCAGAUUCUUGCCGGAACCUCACCUACGUGCGAGACUCGGUAGGACCUGCCACCAGCACCCUGAUGUUCGUGGCCGGAGUGGUGGGCAACGGGCUGGCAUUGGGCAUCCUGGGUGCGAGACGCAAGUCACACCCCUCGGCCUUUGCAGUGCUGGUGACUGGGCUGGCGGUGACAGAUCUGCUGGGCACGUGCUUCUUGAGCCCUGCGGUGUUCGUGGCCUACGCUCGAAACAGCUCCCUGCUGGGCCUGGCCCACGGAGGGUCAGCGCUGUGCGACACGUUUGCCUUCGCUAUGACUUUCUUUGGCCUGGCCUCCACGCUCAUCCUCUUUGCCAUGGCUGUGGAGCGAUGCCUGGCGCUCAGUCACCCCUACCUGUACGCCCAGCUGGAUGGGCCACGCUGUGCCCGCUUGGCGCUGCCUGCCAUCUACGCGUUCUGUUGCCUCUUCUGCUCACUGCCCCUGAUGGGCCUGGGCGAGCAUCAGCAGUACUGUCCCGGGAGCUGGUGCUUCAUCCGUAUGCGUGCCACCCAGCCUGGUGGCUGUGCCUUCUCCCUGGCUUACGCCAGCCUCGUGGCCCUGCUGGUGACUUCCAUCUUCUUCUGCAACGGCUCCGUCACUCUCAGCCUCUGCCACAUGUACCGCCAGCAGAGACGCCACCAUGGCUCGUUGGUGCCGACCUCUCGGGCACGAGAGGACGAAGUUGACCACCUGAUUCUGCUGGCCCUCAUGACGGGCAUCAUGGCUGUGUGUUCCCUGCCUCUCACGAUCCGAGGCUUCACCCAGGCCAUUGCCCCGGACAGCAGUGAGAUGGGGGACCUCCUCGCCUUCCGCUUCAAUGCCUUCAACCCCAUCCUGGACCCCUGGGUCUUCAUCCUUUUCCGAAAGACUGUCUUCCAGCGCCUCAAGCUUUGGUUAUGUUGCUUGUGUCCCCAUUCUGUCCAUGGGGACUUACAGACACCCCUUUCCCGGCCUGCAUCUGAGAGAAGAGACCCACUGGCUCCCACUGCUCUCCAGGAUAAGGAAGGGAACUGGGUGCCCCUGACAUCCUGGGGCACUGGGCAGGUGGCACCAUUGACUGCUGUGCCUCUGUCUGGUGACGGCAGCUGCUCUGUGGGAAAGCCAUCCAAAAGAGACGCCAUGGUGGCUUGCUCCCUCUGCUGACACCGAAGCUGGUCCUGCAUUCAAGCCUGGGCCCGGGGUCGCAGGACCAGAAGCCAGAAGAUCAGGGACUCAUAUUUGAUCCCCAAAGUCUGGGAGCGUCUGCUGCUGUUUUCCUCCUUUGGGAUGGUGGCUACAGACCUUGGGAAGAGGGUGAGGGAUGAUGGAGGCACGUUCUGUCGCUCUUGAGAAGGAUUUUCUCAAAAUAACCAGGGCCUGGCCAGGCUGCUCUGGCCCUGGGCUCCCCAAUCUGUCUCACUGUCUAAAUAUUCAGGGAGCAGAAAAAUUUCCAGCGGCUUCCGUGGACUCCGGUCUGCUGGGGUUAGAGUAUCUGCUGCUCUCCACGUCCACCAAGGGGGGCCCUGGAUGCCCACCCAACGUUCCCAGGGGACACACAGCCAUGCCCUCUCCCAAGCCAUUCCAGCAGCCUCCCUCAGAAGUGUUCCUGCCCUCCCCCUUUUCCCAUCCUCUAUCUGACUUUGGGGUUCUGAACCCCAAAAGGAAGUGGGAAGGGAAGGCCACUGUAUUGUAGGUGACAUUACUGGAUGUGUGUCUGGCCCAGAAAUGGCCUGAGAAAUGUCACAGCUUGGGGCAAUUGUGCUAUGUGAACUUCGGGGGGUGGGGGGAAGUGCAGGGGACAAGGCAGAGGUGGUGCUGAUGCAUGUCCCAAGCCUGUCUCCCUCUUCUGGAACGAACAACUGCCUCGGUUUAGAACUGGACCUCAACAUGCCAUUUUUGGAACCUCCGAAAAGAUUUUACUCACUCAUUCAACAAACUCCUAGGGGACCCUGAAGUCAGCAGGCAUUAACUCUCUGGGGCCUCCAAGCAAAGAAGCCAGGGUGCUUGGGAAUGAGUUGACUGGCAUGAGGGGAAGUGAGUCAGCUGGAGGGCUGGGCUAGGGGAGAGGAGGGCAAACAAAUGCUCCUCACUGCCGCCCUGGUUCCCAUGUCUCAGCUACUCUGGCCAUUCACCCUCCCACUCCAUCUGCUUGGCAGCGUAUUAACAGAGCCUUUCCAGAGAGGGUGGAACCAAGGCCCAGAGAGGGCGAUGCCCCAGCCUGGGCCACACAGUGAAAAUGUGGAGUAGUCUGUGUCUGCUAUUUUCUCGUGGCCUCUCUGAACUUGUAUCCUUUCCACUAUUAUCUGUUGGGGGUGCUGUGAGGAUUGAAUGACCCCCCCCCCAAAAAAAAAGAGCAACUUAGCACAGGACCUGGAAGGAAGUUGCUGUUAAUAUUGUUAUAUAGGCAAGCAAAAUUAGAAAACAAAGGAGGAUUUGUUUUGACUCUUUUCCUCCUGGUAAAUAUAUUUCGGAUCACAUUCAGGAAGAGCAAGGAGUGUCCUGAGAGGUGAAACAGGUUGAGGCAAGCUGGGUACGAAGCUGCAUGUCUGCAAUCCCAGCACACCU